AUGGACAUUCACAGGUGCCGCUUCGUGCAGUAUCCUCCAGAACCCAUCAACGCUCUUGCAUUUUCCCACUCCUCCAAUCCAAAGAGAAAAACACCUUCCGAACUGCGCCUGGCCCUGGGUCGCAACAACGGCGACAUUGAAAUAUGGGAUCCUAGAAGUGGCCUCUGGGUGCAGGAAACCAUUCUAAGAGGAAGCAAAAACACCACGAUCGAACAACUCGCCUGGACUCAAGACCUCCUAUGCGAAGAGGAAAACGACUCUAACGCGCCAAAGACUUCAAGGGGCCCUUUACGCCUUUUCAGUACUGGCGGGUCAACCUCAGUGACAGAGUGGGAUCUAAGUACAGGUGCUCCUAGAAGCAAGGCGGAAGGAAAUUUUGGGGAUAUCUGGUGCUUUGCUGCGCAACCCCAGCUUGAAGAUGCCGAAAGUCCAGAAGCACUCAAAGGCGGCGCAGGGUCACAGUUACUGGCAGCUGGAUGCUCUGACGGGACGAUAAUUCUCUUCUCUACCGAGGACGAUGACCUACGCUACCUUCGACCCCUGGUACAACUCCCAGUAAAGAAACCCAAAGUACUUAGCCUCGUAUGGCGCGACCGCAACACCCUGCUCGCCGGGUGUGAAGACAGCACGAUUCGUGUCAUCGAUGUGUUGAGCAGAAGAAUCAUACGGAACAUGAGCCUGGGGAAACCAGUAGAGGGCAAUAACUCUGUCGUAUGGACUGUCAAAUGCCUGCCCAGUGGAGCAAUCCUCUCUGGCGAUUCAUCGGGGGAAUUGAAGAUAUGGGAUUCAAAGAACUACUCCUUGGUCCAACGUCUGAAAAGUCACAAAGCCGAUAUCCUCGAUAUUGCCACGAGUGCUUCUGGAGACGCCAUUUUUUCGGUUGGUGUUGAUCGGAGAACUGUAACCUACCGGAUGGCCCCUCUUCAUUCUGGAACACAAAGGACAAGGUGGGCCGAAGUCGCCCAUAAACGGUUCCAUCAACACGACGUCAAAUGUGCAGCUAGCUUUGAGAGCAAAGAAUUGAGUAUUCUGGUCUCGGGCGGCAUGGAUGCUCAGCCUGUCAUCGUCCCAAUUCGCCACUCACAGACCGAGUAUCAUCGUGCCCUUCCACAUCUCCCUCAACAAUCACAGAUUUCGGCAUCUCCGAUCUCAAGGAUGUUCAUUUCCUGGUGGGAUCGCGAGAUCGUGGUCUACCAUGUCCGCAAAUUUUCGAAUCUGCCAGAGGCUGAUUUGGGCCCCGACGGAACAGCGGAAUCACGCUAUGAAACACUCACAAGUCUUGUCUUACAGGGCGACCAGAGCAUUCAAGAUGCACAGAUCUCUCGAGAUGGACGAUUGGUCGUGGCAGCGACCACCAACAACGUCAAGAUGUUUCAAUUACGAAAGACUCAUGUCUCAGGGAAACCAUGUCUCCGAACUCGACAGAUUGAACUUCCUCCUUCGGUCGCCCGCCUAGGCGCACGGAGAGUGGGCUUCUCUCCUGACGGCAAGUGGUUGUACUGUGUAAGGAAAGAUAACGCCCUGGUCAUGGUAAAGAUUCUGCCUUCGAACGAUCCAAAGGACCGUCCCGUGAUUCACGAGAAAAUCGUCAAGCUCUACCGGCAACCCCGAAAGACAACAAAGUCUGCCCUGGGUAGUUACCUCCAACUUAUCAAGCAAGUCGCAUUCUCCACCGAUAGCCGCGUGCUCUCUGUGGGAGAUUUAUCCGGUGCCAUUGACGUCUGGGUACUUGAAGGUUACGAAGACGUCCACUUCGUCGACGAUGCUGCUUCAGAUCCCUCUGACUCGUCUGCAUCCUCCACCUCAUCUACUACAUCGGACGACGAAGACGACGACUCAUCUUCCCCCAUAAUCCACGGCCAAAAAUGGAUGCGCAACCCCUCUGGUUCUAGUCUCCCACAACUUGACUCCUCAAUCCUUGCACUCACGUUCCGACCAUCGCAAAUCAUUCCCAAGAGACCGUCAUUUGGUACUAACCUGGGUCUACACGCCACGCGCCACAACCCGCACGCAGUCAGCCACGAACCUCUUGACGAAGCGAACACAAAGCUCAUGGCUGUCACUGCGAAACAUCAACUUGUGGAAUUCGAUAUUUCCACCGCAAAGCUAAGCGACUGGUCACGACGGAAUCCCUCAAAGUUUCUGCCCCAUGAUUUCACCAGAAUCAAAGAUCGGGUUGUGGGUUGUUUCUGGGAUUGCAAUGAUAGGGCGACGAGAGGAGAAAGAUUGUGGCUGUAUGGAUCAGUCUGGAUGUUCAUGUUUGAUGUCUCUCGAGAUUUACUGAGAGACGAUGACCGUCCGAAAGGGGCAACCAAUGAUUUGGGGGAGGGAGAAGUCGAACAAACUGGACGAUUGGGGAGAUACGAAGUGGUCAAACAUGUCGUGAAAGGGGACGACCAGAACCGGAAAGGACAAACACUACCCGAACUGGUUCGCAAUGAAAAGCGGGAGCGCCACAACACAAGAAGACGGAAGCGCAAACGCGGCACUGGAGCCGGAGACGAGAUCCAUCUCAAAGACCGUGAGGGUGAUAUUGGGAUUGAAUCACGCAGGUUCAAGGACGCCUCAGGCAACGAUGCGGAGAUGAUUGAUCUCGACACCAAUAACACUGCAAACGAGAUGGACCUGGACGAUGAACUGGACGAGGACGAAAGGCAAGACGAUGUCCUAGCCCUGAUGAGACGAGGUGAAAGUGCAUCUGCGGCGGCGGCUGAAGUGGUUACGGAUGAGCAGACGACAACCUCAGUGUCCGCGCAGAAAUGUCCCAGGAUGUACUGGUAUACCUUCGAAUAUCACUCAAUCCUGGGGAUCGAAGUGAUUGGACCUGCAGAGCCAUCUCCUACGAGGAUUCACAUCACCAACACCGACACCGGCUACGCCACCAUUGACGUGCGCACGGCUGAAGGCAACAAGCCGGAGCAAGAUGGCAAUGCGAGGGGAAAUGUGGACGAAAACCCCGGCGGAAACAUUGAAGUCAUCGUCGUCGAGCGGCCCAUGUUUGAUGUGGAGCUGCCACCUCGCUUCGAUGAUGGGCAAGAUUGGGAUGUGUGA